GAAGCCGACGGCGGGUUCUGCCUCUCGCGCCCGGGCAGGCUGGACGGGAACGGCCCAAGGAGCUCGUACCGCCCUGCGCUCCCUCGCCGACAUCAUGCUCCAGUUCCUGCUUGGAUUUACUUUUGGCAACCUGGUUGGAAUGUAUCUGGCUCAGAAUUAUGACAUACCAAACCUGGCUAAAAAACUUGAAGACAUUAAAAAGGACUUGGAUGCCAAGAAGAAACCCCCUAGUCCAUGAUGUCAACUCCAGCACUGCCUCCAGGACCCUCGUAGACUGAGUCUGCUCUUCUCGAGGUCCUUCUUUACCAUCCGAACCAAAAGCUUUUGUCUUUCUUUCCAGUCUCAGCUAGACCCUGCGUUGCCUUAGACACAGAUGGGGCCACAAGUUCAGAACCAUCCUGAGUUUUCUGACACCCUCUCUGCUUCCCUUCCUCCUGCCAGCCACUUGGGAGGUCCUAAGACUGGAAUUAUGGUGCUAGAUUAGUAAACGUGACCUUUCAUUAGCAGUCUCUCCCUUAUUCUUUGGGGUUUUUACUGCCUAUUUUCAAAAGAAAAAUCGAUGAGUUUUGUAUAGCUGAUCAGAUAUAAAUAGUGCUGAUUUCCGUUUAGCAAUUAUAAUGGGUGUUUAAACGUUUGGUACUAAAUUAUGUUGUUUCAAGGUAAUUAAAAUUAAAAUCAAGAAGCCAGUUUCUGGUGAAUUAUCCAUUCAUUUUACACUGUUGUCAGUAUAACUGACAUAUAACUCCAUAGUUGCCAAUUUAAACACUAAAUCAAUUUGCUACUCAUUAACUGAGAAACUUUAUUCUGAGAUCCCCUGUCAGGAGCUGGGGAAUUAAAUAUGUAAAAUAAUGGCCUUUGUCCUCAGUAGAAUUCAUAGUCUAGUAUGCUUGUAUUUCCCUAAUGAUGUAUUUAAUCUGGCCUUUCCCUUAAAAGACUCAUCCUCAUUUUAAGGGAUUACAGGUGCAUUUGACAUUAUAUAAUGGGUAAAUGACAAAUUGUCUAUAAAGGAAAUCUUAUGCCUUUUUACAUUAAAAAAUGUACCUUAUAACUUUAUAGGGAUUCUCCAAAGAAAACUUCUCGUUUUUUUCUUGCAAUCAGAAAUUAUCACUUUAAUUGGUCAAAUGUAUAAUCAAUAGUCGAUUUUUAAAAAUUAAACAAAAAUGUUUGAAUACAUCACUUUUCCCAUGGGCCAAGACACAAAAGUGGUUUAGAAUAAAGGGCCUCUCCUACCCCUAGCUCUGAGUUCAUCUUUCUGGAGGCAGGCACUGUCAGCAGUUUACCGGAUACUUUUGAGAAAGAUUCUGUGCCUAAACAAGCGUGUGCAAGGCGUUUUUUACACAAAUGAUAACAAAUUAGACAAAGUUUGUUCCUGCCUUUUUUUUUUUUUUUAAAUGGAGAUCAUUCCAUGUCAGUAUGUAAGGAGCAAGGAACCCUUUUCCUUUUUUGACUGCAUAAGAUUCUACUGAACGAAUGAAUACACCAUGAUUGAUUGAAUCUGUUACUGAUGAACAAACGCAAGGUUGUUUCCUGUCUUUUGCUGUUACACUGAUCUCCUUGAACCUAAUGUUAUUGUAUGUAUCUCUGCAGGGUAUCGCUGUAAGCUCAAGUCUCCAAAGUGUAACUUGCACUCAUUGCAGGGGAAGUCCCAUUUCAUUGCAUGUUCUGUUUCAGAGAGCUUGUUGGGCAGCUUCGCUGAGAAUGCCAUUUCUGAAGACGUUUUCGCAGCGUCUGUAAACUGGAAGAAUUAUUUAGAGACACCUUUUUCCAGACAGUGAUGACACUGAUACUACAUGUGAUUAUAAAAUGAAGGGAUUCUGCUUCUCUCUGAAAACACGGAUGUGUCACCCAGGGGGAGAAGUUUUAUCCCUGUCGGUUCAUCCUGGUGUGGUGUGUGGGACAAGUUAGCGUCCUGUUACGGUUUGGCUUCUCCCUAGCAGCGUGAUCACAGGCCAAUGGCUUAUUUUUGUGAAACUAUUGUAUUGUCUAAGAUCUGGACGCAAUACCUACCUCACAGGGCUCCCAGGAGAAAUAACUGACAUAAUGUAUGUGAUGUGUUUCUCAGUGCUUUGCAAAUUGGCCCAAUAAAUAGUAGAUCUUAGUCCAAA